AUGUCAUUCGAGACUAUAGAGGAGGCCAGUCGUGAACCCAUAUGUCUAAUACCGCCUAACGAAGCCCGAGUUGACGUGGUUUUCAAGUAUUGUUUGUUUGAGUUGUUUAGUCACUUGAAUAAAUCGGCCGCCGAUAACCUACUGUUCCUGUUUACUAACUCUCGGGCUACUAAUUACGCACCGGGAGAGUCGGGUCCGGCGCUUAACUCUCUGUUGAAGGAUAUUAGUGAAAAGCCCCCAAACGUGGACAUAAAGUACGGCAAGAGUACGAUCUACUGCUUUGAUAGCGAGGCCUUUCGGUUCGCAGUGGCGGCCGCACCGCCUAAUCGGUUGUCGUUUUCCGACGAUUGUAAACGGGAUUAUGAAAAUAGUUGGCGCAGGGGAGUUGGAGAAUGCGAGCGCCUAUUUAAACACAUUAUAUCACUGCCACCACAUAAAGUGCGGGAUACUUUAUCACUAAACACGGCCAUCCAGAACAUUAACCUACUAACCAAACCAUUGGCAGAUAUCGCAAAAAAUAUUGCCGACAAUCAAAAUGAAUUAGAAAUCCAUAAAAGUCGUAUGGAGGUGUUCAAAGGUGACAUCGAGCAAUUGAGAAAGCACCUUUAUAUUCCUACUGUGGAUAUUGAGACAACACCGUUAGAUAUGCCUAAAACUGUUUGUGGCGACAAAGAAUGUUGUACAAUGAGGGAAAUUAAUGGAGUCACCAAGACUCAUUACAAAUCAGAUUGUCAUUCUCCAUGUUACUUGGAAUACGAUGAUGGUAAUAUUAUGGGUAAUAAAGGGCUACUGGAUUGUAUUGCGUUCAAUAAUUACGUUGAUAUUGGACAACCCGCUUAUUAUGAUCCAGCUGAAUUAUCACCCGACAUGAAGGUUACUGAGGGUUCAUUGAAUGCACAGGGUAAAAUAUUGGCAGUACCCUCUCAACGUAUAAUAUCCGAGAUGUGUUUUGUUUGUGGCCAUUCCUAUCAGUCCCACCUACAUAUCAAUUAUGAGACUUCCAUUAAAAAGACCAAGAUUAGAGAUAAUAAAAAGUACCGGCGCAUAAAUAAUGCCGUGGAAGCAGCUAAGGUGAAACAACAGCAUAUUUGGGAACUGGAGGCUAAAAUAGUGGAACUGGCGGUUGAAACGGAAAUCAUAUCAAAAUCUAUGGCCCGAUUUGCGUGCUUUCUAAAGGAAAAUGCCCUUACACCAUUUAAUGAUGCUUUUGGUGAUUACGUACGUUAUCUGAUUAAAAAUGAGAAAACAAAUGCUUCUCAGACUACCGGUGCCGAUAAGGGUGAGAGUGGAAACACGGCUGAGAAAUUGGAGUUCCUAUUAGAUGCCUAUAAUCGACAGAGACAAGUGUUCAAGGAUGUCAUAGAUGAUAAUGUUUCAAAACGGGUAUCGAUUUCGAUCGAUGAGAUUGAUAAUAGUAUCGGGGAGUUGUGUCAUCUAAAGUGGAACGAAAUAACCCUGCUACUAUUGGGUGAGUCUGGUGUGGGGAAGUCUACUUUCAUCAAUGCGUUGGUUAAUUACAUGACUUACGAGACUAUGGAUGAGGCCAGGGAUCGGCCCCACUGUCUAAUCCCCGUCUCAUUCACGGUAUCGGAUGAGGAGACCUUUGAACUCAAGAGUAUUAAGUUGUGUCCACACGAAGACCCCAAUGAAAACACUACAGACAGCACCCGAUCGGCCACACAAAACCCCCGGUGCUAUAAGUUCACGGAUGGCAACAUAGCCCUGAAUAUUAUCGAUACCCCGGGUAUUGCCGAUACAGAGGCCUAA